AUGGCCAAAAAAGACAAGGUUUCCGAGGAAGAAGACAACUACGACAAGCGGAUGGCGGCCAUUUUGCCGUUUGCCAAGCCGUUGGCCCCAAAAAAAGUGAACAAAAAGAUUCUUAAGACCGUCAAAAAAGCAUCCAAGGCCAAACACGUCAAGCGCGGAGUCAAAGAAGUGGUCAAAGCAUUGAGAAAAGGCGAGAAGGGACUCGUGAUAAUAGCCGGAGAUAUCUCUCCUCCCGACGUGAUCUCACAUAUUCCUGUUUUGUGUGAAGACUCGAGUGUUCCGUACGUUUUCAUUCCUUCCAAAGAAGACUUGGGUUCAGCCGGAGCCACCAAACGACCCACUUCUUGUGUGAUGGUGGUUCCUGGUGGAGGAAAGACAAAGAAGAACGCAGACAAGACCGAUGAGUACAAAGAGAGCUACGACGAGGUAGUGAAGGAGAUUAGCAGUUUGGAGUAG